CAUACGAAUCCAGGAGCUUCUCGAAUCCGUCUUCUUCGGCCGCGCUAGAUUCUACGAUUCGGGAACGGGUCCAAAUCGACCUAAAGCGGCGGCGGCAGAGAGCGGGAGCGGGACGGAUUCCGCGUUUCCAGGACGCCGGCGCGGAUCUCUGACUGCAAUCGAGUUAGAUGACAUUGUGUUAUUCCGCUGCAAUCUGAGACUGAUAUCAUUCUCUGGAUAGACCCUGCCUUUCUAGUCUGUGUGCAUCAAAUUAUUUACUGGAAGUUGUGCACUGCCGAACUGCUGAUAUACUUGAGGCAAGUUGAUGGAUCCCGAAAACAAAAAAUUUGGAAGAGGCCCCAGAGAACUUACAGGUGCUGCUGAUCUUAUUAGCCGCUUCAAAUUGUUGCCUCAUUAUGACUACUUCUGCAAGAGACCACUUCCAUUAGCAAUUUCAGAUACCCACUAUCUUCAUAAUGUGGUUGGAGAUGCUGAAAUUAGGAAAGGCGAAGGGAUGCAAUUGGAUCAGCUUAUUGAUGAUACUUCCAUUUCAAAAGAGACCAAUACAGUAAUAAAGCCAUUUGAUUUGGAUGUUUUGGGAGAAGCUUUUCAUUUGAGGGAAACUUGUCCAAUUGAUCUCCCAACUUCCGAAAAGGGAAUUCCCACUACGGGGGGAAAAUCUAAGAACGAGUCCAAAGAAAAGGAGAAGAAGCAUAAAAGGCACAAGGACAAGGACAAAGAUAAGGAAAAGGAUAGAGAACAUAAAAAGCACAAACAUCGUCACAAGGACCGAAGUAAAGACAAGGAUAAAGAGAAAAAGAAAGAUAAAAAUGGCCAUCAAGAUUCUGGUGCUGAGCAUUCAAAGAAGCAUCGCGAUAAGAAAAGAAAGCAUGAUGGAGAGGAUGAUACCAAUGAUCACAAACACAGGAAGAGCAAGCACAAGAGCUCAAAGAUUGAUGACGUGAGUGCAAUUAAGGUAGCAGGCUAACAAAUGGCAUGGAGUAUCUGUUGUUUUAUUUUUUGUCCUCAGAUUUUUUGCAGCUGAAAAUCUGAAGAGAUCUUUUUACCUACUGUUAUGGUUCUUUUUGGAGAAUAGUAUAUGGGGCGACAAAAGAUUGAUGACAAGGUAAACCUUGUUAUGUUGAGGCCAAACAAGCGCAAGCUUGUCGGAUAGUUGAGCAUAGAACCAGACACACUUAAAUUUAUGUGGUUUCAGCUUGACGGUCUGACUUCUGGUCUUCUGUUUGUACUUUACUUUGUAGAUAUCCAUUUUUGGGUGGGAAUGUGGUUUGGAUUUUGUCUCUAAUAUAAGUUCAGAUGUUGU